AUGGCGCUUACCCUGUCAUCGUCGUCGUUGUCGUUCUCAACAAUCAAAAUUGGUGGGACCGUUGAAGCAACAGCAGCAGCAGUGUCACAGGCAACAAUAACAUCAACAACAACAUCAACAACAACAACAACAACAACAGUGGCGACAGUAACUGGAUAUGGUAGAUCUGGAAUUGUUGGUGUUAGCGACGGAAAAGAAUGUGAAAUGGAUGGAAAUUUAAAAAUACCAUCUCUUAGCAGUAUAAAUUUAUCAGAUUCGAUAAUGCGAACAACCGUUUCACCAUUAGCUACAACUAUAGCAGCAACAACAGAGGCGACAACGGUAGCAGUAGCGGUAACAGCAAAUAAUAAUAAUAAUGAUAAUGAUAAUAAUAAUAGUAAUAAUAAUAAUAUUCAGUUGGAUUCAGUUGCUCAAUUAACAUCAGCGGAUGAUAUUCUGCUUGAUGAGUUAUCAUCACGUUUUCGUGGUGUAUUGCCAGUUCAACCAAGCCCAUUACUAUUACCAUCUGAUCAUAUUUCAUCAUCACUUAAAAGCACCCGUUUAAAUGGUCAUUUAAUCUAUUGCUUUGUAAUUGGUGGUGAAUGCCGUUUAUGCUUCCCGCAAAUAAUAAGCGUUGUACUACGUGGUGUUGCAAUUAAUGAUAUCAAUGAAUUAUUUGUUGAUUUAAAUAUUCAUAUAUCGGUUGCAAGUCAACAACAAUUGGAUACAUUGAAAUUAGCUGGUGUUAUGCCAAUGACAGCUGAUAGUUGUGGUUUGGUAACAAAAAGCGAUGCAGAACGAUUGGUUGCUAAAUUAUUACCACAAUGUAAUGGUUAUCGUUUAACAACAGAUAUUGGAUCAUAUGAUACGGAUGCUGUACCGGUUGUGCAUGAUUGCUUUGAUGGUUGCACCGGUACAUUGAUACCAAUGUUAGAUACCGAUGAACAAAUUGAAUGUACCCAAUGCAAAUUACUUUUUACUGGCGAAAAAUUCGUCUCACAUUCACACUCCAUCCAACAAAUUCGUCGCAUUUGCCAUUGGGGUUUUGAUUCAUCCAAUUGGCGACAUUAUUUGCAUUUACCGGAAUCAUACGAGGAUGAUUUGAAAGCGUUGAAAAAACUUGAAUUAUACAAAUAUCCACCGGUACGUCUCGGCAAACGUCCCGCAUCACACGCUUUUACGGCAGUUGAGAAUGGUAAUUGCUCAAAAUUGGCUAAUCUGUCAACGACAACAUCAACAAAAUCUGUUGAAGUUAGAGUUGCCGAAGAUGAAGUUGAAGCUGAAGCAGGAAUUGGAAUUAGAGUUGAUCCAACAGUUUCUACAUCGGUGCAAUCAUUGAAUGACAUCAACGAGCAUAUUUUGAAACUUUAUAGUGCUGCUCAAGCGACAGCCGUUGCAGCAACAGCUUUAACCGCUGCCACAUUAAAAGCUCCAUUAACUACGGUAACGCAGGAUUCGUCAUUUCUCCCCUUACAGGUACCAGUGGUUGGUGCAAGCGGUUGCUGUACCGGUCAAUCAUCUGGAACACCAUUGACAAGUCCUCAGUUACAGUCACUUCUUGCAUUACAAUUUAUUACUUCACAACUACCUCUAUCGGAACUCUGCAAACUACCUAUCCUUACAAAUCCUUCUUCUAAUGUGACAUCGGAUAUUCGAUGGAAACCAGUUUAUGAGACGCAGUCGUCUGCGCUCUCAUCUGUACCAGUUGUUGACAGCAAAUCAGUUACUAAUAUGAGACAACAUAUAGUCGCCAGCGAUGAAGAUUUUUCCAGUAAAGGUACGCCGAUAUCGUCUACUAUCAAUUCUGAUAUUCUAACAUGUAUGAUUAGUAAAACAGGAACGUCACUGGAGAGAUUAUUGGAUCAAACAUUGAAGGAACCCGUUUUGUCGGUUGCGAAGUUAUUGGUUACGGAAUUCCGGCGUGAGAAAGAAUUAUUACUUAACCAAAAUGGACAAUUGCGUCGUGAAAAUGCUCUUUUACGCAGUGCACUCGCUAGUAGUACUGUUUUGGUUGGCCUGAAAGGAUUGACUGCAGCGAAUGUUCCAAUUUCGUGA